GUAGAGGCAAGAAGAUCUUUGAGUUUAAAGCCAGCCUGAUCUAUAGAGCUAGUUCUAGGACAGACAGGGCUAUGCAGAGAAACCCUAUCUUGGAAAAACCAGUUUGUGGGGAGUGGGGAUCAUUUUUGGUUUUCGUAAGGGCAAAAAAGGUGGGUACAGACAUUGUACUGUCAUGACUCCUGUAAGUGCUGUCCCUUAGGUACUGUCUGUAGAAUCAGACAACACUGUUUCUGUGUUAAGACCCUGACCUUGCACACAGUCAAAGAAGAUGAAGAUUGACAUAACAGCUGAAGGUAACUAGGACAGACCUGUGGGAUCCUCAGUCUGGUCUUUUUCCCAUCUAAAUUUGAUAAUUCUUAGGAUUGGUGUCAGGAAAGGAAAAUGUGUACUGUAUUAGACAGUUCUGCUUUAACACACAAUUUUUUGUCUAAGGGAAGUUUCCCCAAAUACUUCAGAGAAAAAGUUAGCUUUGCUGGAAUUUGAUGAAAAAUACAAGGCAUUCCUAAGUAACUUGCAUAAAACAUGACUGUAGCUGGCACGUAGGUGAUGUCUAAAUGUCAUAUUCACAGAGCUGUUUACUUCUGUCUGUCCAUUCCCCACUCCCCAGCACGGUUAAAACAUUGCACAGCUCAGUGGCUUUGACUCAUUUUUCUGUUUUAUCUGCUAUUGUAAACACUUGGAAGUCAAGGAAUGGCAGGAGAAUGAGGUAAGUGUAAGGUUCACCUAGAAUAUCUGAGACCCUGUCUCAAAAAAGAAAGAAAGAAAAAAGGAAGGAAGGAAAGUAAAGAACAGAGCGGCAGGUGUGCAGACCUAAUUUUCAGAUGGGAAUGGGAUCAAGGAAACUGUUGCUGAACCAACGUAGUCUGCACUAAGGAUGGAAGAGGUAGGCAGUCCCUACUACCUGGGAGAUUUCCAACAGGCUUUGUCAAUGAAGUUUAAUAAAUGAAAUGAAACUGGCACUUGGCCAUCCCAUUGGGCACCUUCCUAUAGCAUUAUCAACAUUGUGUACAUUGCCUUUAUUAUCAGGUCACAAAAGAUGUCAUUAAGGAAUUUGCAGAUGAUGGAGUCAAGUACCUGGAGCUGAGAAGCACUCCCAGAGGAGAAAAUGCUACUGGUAUUUGAUGGCAAUUGACAGAAGAGGUGGCCCAGCAAUAGCCAAGGAGACUGUUAAACUUGCUAGAGAGUUCUUCCUCUCUACUGAGGAUACAGUUCUUGGCCUUGACCUCAGUGGAGAUCCAACCAUAGGACAAGCAAAAGACUUCUUGGAACCUCUUUUAGAAGCUAAAAAGGCAGGUCUGAAGUUGGCAUUGCAUCUUGCAGAGAUUCCAAAUAAGGAAAAAGAAACACAGAUGCUACUGGAUCUGCUUCCUGACAGAAUUGGGCACGGAACAUUCCUCAGUGCUUCCGAGGCAGGGUCCCUGGAUCAGGUGAACUUUGUGAGGCAACACCAGAUACCUCUCGAACUUUGUUUGACCUCAAACAUCAAAAGCCAGACAGUUCCUUCUUAUGACCAGCAUCACUUUGGAUUCUGGUACAGCGUUGCUCAUCCUUCUGUGAUCUGUACCGAUGAUAAAGGUGUUUUUGCGACAUACCUUUCUCAAGAAUAUCAACUGGCAGCAGAAACAUUUAAUUUGACCCCAUCUCAGGUGUGGGAUCUGUCUUAUGACUCCAUCAACUGCAUCUUUGCCUCUGACAAUACCAGAUCUGAACUGAAAAAAAAGUGGACUCACCUGAAGCAGAAAGUGUUAAAUUGUAAUGAGGUGAACUAGUUCUGAUUAUAUGUUGUAAUCAACAUCUUCCUGCCCUUGUAUCCCACUCAGUUACUGCCCACUCGAAAUAACUUCCCUUGAAGUUUGGUAGCCAAGUAUAUAUGGGGGCUAACUCCAGCACCUUCACAUGGUAAGUGUUCAGUAAAUCUCAGACUAGGAGCCUUGAGGUCUUGCAUGGCUGUGCCUCCAUGCUGCUUGCUGAAGGGUUGUUAAACCCUCAUUUCCUAGUUGAAAGAGGAAUUGUAAGUUAGUUAAAUAGUUUAACAGGAAUACAAAUAGUUAAAAACUACAGGUCAGCUAGCUUGCUAACCCAAGGCUGUUACAGGGAAUGCAGAACAGAGAAACAAAGGUCAAUUGAGUGUUCCGAGAAUCUGUUCCUGUAGUGCCUGACUUAGCCUCAUCUGGAGAAACUCCUACCAGAGGUCCCAAGGACUUUCGAAUUAAAUUCAGCCAGAUGGUCUGUUGGCUCAGAUAAGCAUUCACACUGAGUCCCAAGGCCACAGGGACCAGAGACUAUUCUCGUGAGAUUUGUCAAACCUCUGCUUGGGAUAUGCUUACACACAUUGCAGACAAUUGAAAUAACCAAUUGUGUGUGAUUACCCACAACCCUCUCCUUCCCCCCAGACUUUGCCUUUAAAAACCCUAAGCCAUUAGGUCUCAGGGUCGAUAACCCCUACCUCCUGCGUGAGGCAUGUGUCGACCCAAAGCUUCCACAAAUAAAGACCUGACUAAUGUUAUUACAGCAA